UAGACGGAUGCUGAGAUGCUUGCAAGUGCAGCCUUGCAAAGUUAGCCACAAAUCUGCUCGUCUCUCUCAGUUACGCCCCGUGGCUGCUUCUUCGUUAAAUCAAUGGCCAUUCAUCUUGUUUGCAUCCUGGCAGCUAUAACUUGGGUUUUAAAGUCCAAUUGUUAACGUUUGAUGCAAGCGAAGUCUACUUGGGUUUGUGGGUGUCUGGUACAACACUUGGUCCAGUUUCUUGUGAGAGUUUAGAAUUGAGAGGCUGGAAGUGGGAGGUUGAGAAGGUGCAAUGGAGGUCGCCAUGGCCUGCACUACUAUGGGACCUUUUAAAAUAGAAGCACUGGCACCAAAACAAUCUUCGUUCAACAGCCGAAUUUCAGUUGUGAAUCUUUCCAAUGCCGGUUUCUUCUCUAUUCGCAAUGGAAAUCGCCAUUCUCAACCCCAUAAAUUCUCUGGAGUCCGUGCGUGCCUGCCAGUUGAUUCUUCUUCAGGCGACACCCAAGCGGACGAAGGCUUAGCGGACGCUGGAUCCAAGAAUGAGACCAAGAAGUUGUCGAAUCAAUCGUCGUGGGAAGCUACAGACGUGUUGGGCAAUGACUACCUCUACCGCCUCGGCAAGGAAUCGGACAAUCUCAAUAUCACUGUGGGGGCGCGUACAGGAAUGAUCGACAGCCUCUUCACGGGAGAUUUCUUGGGUAAAGAAGCGGACAUCGUCUUCAAGUAUCGCCAGAAAGUGACGCGUUCAUUUGAGCAUAUUACAGGAGAUUACUACAUCGCCCCUGCGUUUAUGGAUAAAGUGGUGACGCACAUUGUCAAGAACUAUCUGGCUGCACAAAUUGACGGCAAAGUUCCUCUCAUUUUGGGUGUCUGGGGAGGAAAGGGUCAAGGCAAGUCUUUUCAGACAGAGCUAAUAUUCAAGGCAAUGGGUAUUGAACCCAUUAUCAUGUCUGCCGGCGAGAUGGAAUCAGAAUGGGCAGGAGAACCUGGUAAGCUGAUUCGAGAACGUUACCGAGCCGCACAUCUUGUCAUAAACAACCAGGGAAAAAUGAGCUGUCUGAUGAUUAAUGACCUCGAUGCUGGAAUAGGACGAUUUGAAAAUACGCAAAUGACGGUCAAUAACCAGAUGGUGGUUGGCACACUUAUGAAUUUAGCUGACAACCCCAAUCGUGUGAGCGUUGGGCAGGCAUGGCGAGAGGCUGAUAUUGUGAAUCGUGUGCCAAUCAUUGUUACUGGGAAUGACUUCUCUACAAUUUGGGCACCUCUGAUUCGAGAUGGUCGAAUGGAUAAAUUCUACUGGCAGCCAACGAGGGAUGAUUUAGUCAAAAUUGUGUACCAAAUGUAUAAGAAAGAUGGUCUUAGUGAAGCUGAUAUUGGUUUCAUCAUCGACACAUUCCCUAACCAAGCAUUGGACUUUUAUGGCGCUCUCAGGUCGAGGACAUACGAUAAGCACGUCCUGGAGUGGGUCAACGAGAUUGGAGGAGCUGAACAAAUAGGACCAAAGCUUCUUCGGCGUAAAAAAGGCGAUGCACCUCUCCCAGAAUUUAUAGCACCAGAGCAAAACGUGGACGAUCUUAUCAAGGCUGGUUAUGAGCUUGUGGAAGAGCAGAACAUGGUGAACAACAUGAAGCUCUCAGAUGAGUACAUGAAAAAACAAACAGGUCCAGGGGGUGGUCUUUCUAUUUCAGCUUCAUAAGCAGCUCAUCGAAAGGCACAGUUGUAUCAUAUUCGGUUACUUUGUUAGCGAAAUGAGAAUGCUGAAGAUGUUGCAGAUAAUCCUAUUCUGGAAUAAUGCCAGAUGAGAGCGUUAGUAGACUGUAGUAAUGGCAAACACAUUAUUACCAUGGAAUUUGUUUUGAUUUAACCAUUGAAGACGUAAUAAUAUUGCCAAGCUGGGUACCGGCUGAAUAUUCUACCAUGUUCA